CCAAAACAACUCCAAGAACACAACAAGGACACAUAAAAGUUGAUAAAAGAAGCUCAGCAAUUAGAAAGAAAACAGCAGAACCCAGUGACUCCGUUAAAAUGAGAGUUCAGGAUUAAACAAGAAGAAAGAGACUUUUGAACAAAAUAAUGAAUCCAUGGGGGCCUUAAAGGAAGGCAGUAUUAAGAUAGGGUAGUCCUUCUCCAAAGAGGCUGUUUUUUAACUGAACACAAGUUGACAAUUCAGAAUGGUGAUAUUUCAGCACUGAUGGGCAAACCAACUAUGCUUCUUUAAAAUGUAUUGAAAUAUGCACAUUUUUAAAUACAUUUACAACAUUUUGAAUGGUUAAAGAAUUUUUGGUCUGCCCAAAGCUUUGGCAAUUGUAAAUUGGAGCCCUUUUUUAGAGGAUUUAUUUAAACCUGCCUUGUUUGGUUUGGUUAAAAUAGAAAGGCUGGUUUCUUAUGUUAGUGCCAUCCAAGGUGUGAAUACACUCAUUAAGACGUUGGUCCACAUCAAACAAGCAAAAAAAUAAAUCUUAAAGACUCAUCUCAAGUUUGAUGGAAACAUCUAGAUUAAGUCCAAGAUUUCAGAAUAAAUAUUUAGUGGAUUGAUGGGACAAAAGAGGGACUUUCUGUUUUUUUCUGACUGAAGUCAGGCUAAUAGGAGAAAAAUACAUAAGAAGCAAGAGUCAACAUGGGGGUGGUAGUGUAAUGGUGUGGGACUGGCAUAUUUAGAUUUUUCUAUUGCCUUAAUAGUAAUUAAAUCUAUGUUUUAAAUCCACAUCUUGAAAAUUUCUUCUUUUUAAUGAAGCAUAAAAAGAUAAAAAAUAAACUGAAGAACUACUGAAGAAGCUUCUAGGAUAAAACAUGAGUCUUUAGGAAUCACAGAUUAAAUCCCGUUCUGGCUAAAAUCUAAGAAUUACAGUGACUUCUCAUUAAUGUUUUAACCUUUUACGAUGACCACAUCCAGAUGUUUGCUUUCUUUUUUUUUACAGGUAAUGGUUCUGACAAAGGCAUAAUGAAACAAUCUCUGGACAAAUUAAUCACCCAGAUUAAACCACAUUACCAAAUCCUGAGAGAGACCUGAGAUUUUGGAUUUAUUGUUUCUUCGUAAACUCAAUCCCUCCCCAGGAUGAGAGGGGACAGGUUGAAGAACAGGAUUCACCGUGAGGUUGGGACUGAUUAGUGGCGAAAUCCGCAGGAUAAGAAUUAAGCCUUCAUCAUCGUCAUCAUCCUCCCAGGGGGAGGCAGGAGCCGUCAGUGAAAAUCUAUGAAAAGUGAGAGGAGGCGGUAGCGUGGCGCGGGGAUCACGUCUCGACUGGAUUGUGUCGUACCACAAGAAGAAACAAAGGUUUUGCAUCCAAAUCUGCUGACCUGCCUGACUCGUCUGUGUAAUCCCGGUUUUCUGUGACUGACACUACAGCGCAGCUCAGGCGAGGUUCUUUGCGCAGCCUUUGGCCCGCACAUCUGUCUCCACUUUCUCCCCCGCUAACAGUGAUUAAAUCCCAGCACUUCAUCUUUUUCAACUCACUGCAGAUUCUCCGCCCUCCUACAAUCUCCCCACUCGUCAUCUUCACCUCUGACCUUUGUUCCACUUGUCCAACAUCCUUAAUCUCUUCAGUUUUUCUCUCAUUUUCACAUUCCUCCAUAAAUCAAUCUCAAUUGCCCAGCAACUGCUGAGCAACUUGCCCCAUUUCCCCUGUAGUGUCACUAAAAACUCUUCAUUUCUCUCAGUUGGAACCAGUCAGGUGCCAAUUUUAUUUUUCCGAGGCGAUAACUGAUUCUUUCCAACCAAUUGGUACCCCUUCACAUGGAUUUCUUUUUUUAUUUAAUGUCAUGUGAGUAAAGAAAGUCGUCACAAACAUCAUCCUGUGGAGUUGAGAGGCGGACAAAAAGUCAAUGAACUUUAGGAUGAAAACCUCAAAUCCAUUGUCCGCUCACAUGUUUUUACAGGUUGCUCUAUACCUGUGUUUCUAAACCUGAGCUACACAUCUAACAGCCAUCUAUCCAUCCAUUUUCAUAUCCUACUAAAUCCAUUUUGGGUCACGAGUUGCUGGAGCAAACCCAGUUACUGUUGAGCAAAAGAAAAAACCAACAGGUCCUGUCAUUCUGCAGCCUAAACACAGCUGAGAACUGUUGGACAAUUCAUCACAGGAAAACUAAAAUAUUUUUCAGUCAGAGCGCAGCAAUGCUGGAGAAAAUGUCCAGACGCAACCGUUCCCUCCUGUCCCUGGGCCUCACGUCCUUGGCCCUCACGCUGUCCGUGUCGGCUUUCUGCACCUCCUACUGGUGUGAAGGGACGCACAAGGUGGUGAAGCCGGUCUGCCUGUCGCCUGUGAAGAUGAAAAACUGUGGGAGGAACAACAGCCAACCAUACACCACAGUGGCCCCCACCCCAGAUCCCAAGAACCCCAUGUCCAACGUGACGCUGUCCCCCCGACAGAAGGAGGAACUGGCCCUGAUAAGGAAAAAGGAACUAGCUAACGCUGUCCAGUACAUUUGGGAGACGGGAGAAGACAAGUUCAUGCUCAGAUACUUCCACACUGGCUUCUGGCUCUCCUGUGAGAAACACAAUGAAGGUGAUGAUCAGGAAGAGAAGUGUCGUAGUUUCAUUGAACUGACACCAGGAGAGACACAAGGUGUCCUCUGGCUGUCGGUUGUCAGUGAGUUCAUGUACAUCGGUCUUUUGGCAAUGGGAUUCCUGCUGAUGUGUGUUGAAGCCCUGUGCCUAUGUGCCAAAAGAGAGAUGAGCUCCCUCAAGAUCAACGCCUUUGCUGCCAUGUGCACUGUUCUCUCAGGGUUAAUGGGGAUGGUUGCUCAUAUGAUGUACACUACAGUGUUUCAAAUGACUGUCAGUAUCGGCCCCAAAGACUGGAGGCCGCAAUCCUGGGAUUAUGGAUGGUCUUUUGCCUUGGCAUGGCUUUCAUUCAGCUGUUGCAUGGCAGCUGCCGUGGCAACACUCAACUCAUACACCAAGACAAUCAUUGAGAUGAAGCAUCGCGCCAGGAUAAGGCUGGAAGAGGCCCGAGCCGCCUCCAUCGCUCCCUCCUAUGAGGAAGUUGUUCGAGCCGGAGGAGGAAGUAUCUACUCUGUCAGCCAUCUUAUUCAGCUCGGCCAACAAGGAGGACUAAUGGAUCCACUUUGGGCAAAAGGAGUGGGAUCAGCUGCUGGACCUGUGGCGUGCGGUGCUGGGGGAGCUUUUCUGGUUGGAGGGGGAGGAAUUGGAGUUGGUAAUGUUGGAAUGGGAAAAGGAGGACCUGGAAUGGGAGGAAUGACAGCUAUGCCAGGAGUUGGAGGAAUGAGCGUUGAAGGAAACAGCGUCAUGAUGGGAUUGGGAGGAGUUGGAGAACCAGGAGGUGGUAGAGGACGACUGAUAGAGCCUCAUGGAAUGGUGGUUGUAGAGGGAUGUGGCGCUGAAGGAUGUGAGGAGUGUGAACGGGAGAUGGAUGUGAUCGAUUACGCUCGACAAGAUGGGAGACGAGACUCACUCUGCUGAGACUUCGGAAAGCAAAAUCUAUUUUUAAAAACUUGAACAAACCCUUUGAAACUGUGCUUGUUUUUGUAAACACAUUUAUAUCCAAUUCAAGUGAAGCUAUUUAAAUGUUUUCCAUUUUGUCAAAGUCAGUUUUCCCAUUUAGUCUCACAUUCACAAAGACAAAAAGUAAUCAUAGGACUCAGCUCUGUUGACGAUCCCAAAGUUUUGGAAGAUCACAUCUAGUUUCAUUAAGUAAAAAUGUUUUGGUAAAAUACUCUACUCGUCUUUAUUGAGUGUUAGGGAAAUCUAAUUACAUUUAAUGUCUCUACAAAUAACUUUUGCUGAAAUAAAAUUGUGUUUAAGUGAUUUAUUUUCUAAAAUACAUGAACUGAAUUGAGAUAGUGUAGUCUUACAACAACAUUUCAGAAUGGUGAUGUCUCAGCAUUGAUGGUGAAAUAUAUGCAUUGUUGUAAUGUUGUAAGUCAAAUUAUAACAUUUUGAAGGCUUAAA